ACUCUAAAACAUCUUGGCUUAGAAGGCAGAACUAGGAAGUUAUUUAAUAAAAAAAUUUAGAUUUCUGCUAUUUUUCAGCUGUUCUCGGUAAUUUUGUAAUAAAGAAAUUAUACUCUUUUCUCAAAUGAAUAGGUAGCUAAACUAAGAGGUAGGUAAAUAUUUUUUAAAGCUAGAGAAAGAAUAAUCUGAAUCAUCUUCUUCCCUCUAUCCGUAUCCCCUCCUCACUCUGUCUCUUUAACUCUCGUUCUCUCUCUCUCCUUCGUUUAGGAUUCUUGUGAAUAUGAAUAUCACAACUCUAUCAAACGAUGAUGAACUAACAACGGAGAAAAUACAUACAACAGAGAAGAGCUUGUCAAGUAAUACAAAUUUAAUUAUUGGAGUUUCUGUUGGUUGUGGCUUAGGGGUUAUUUUAAUAGUUUUAGCAGUAAUUAUCUUUAUUAAAUUGAAAGUUUGUAGGAAAAGCGAAAGUGAAACUCAACGACCUCCAGGAAUAUUAGACAUUACACCUGCAAAUGCUUCAGCAACUGAAAAUAACAAAACUAUUAAUCGUAAUGAUUUUAAAAAUACUGAGCAUAGUAGUGAAGAAUCUGAAUUCUCUGAUGAGGAUGACUAUGAAAAUAAGUCAGCUAUUGAACAUUUUCACUCUUCCCUUAGUAAUCUACAACCUAAAAACAAUUGUCAAACUAUACCGCCACCAGUUCCGCCAAAAGAUUAUGUUAAAGAAUAGACCUUUCACUGUCUACAAAACUUUUUCUGUGGUGUCAUUUUCUAGUGUCAUUAACCUGAGCGUUUGUGAAGUGAAAUAUUAAGAAAAACAAACAAUAUAACUAAACUAUUAAAAUAGUUUUCUUGAUAAUUUAUAGACGAUUUACAAUAUUCUUUCAUUUUAGAAAUAAGUUUCGGUAAGUAUUAAAACUUAACUACACAGACAAGCCUACGACUGCUAAUGUUACAAUUGUCAAGGAAAAGUGGUACCCUGUUUAUACUAUUUCUGAAUGAAACUUGGGCCUCCAUUAUCAUAUAUCUGCUGUUUAGACUCUUAGUAUAAAAUUUUUGUUAGUAGCUUUUUCAUUAUCUGUAUAAUAGGAUUAUUCUUUAUAAAGUUACACAUGAAAAAACUUCUUUCCAGGAGAUAAGAUACAAAAUCAAUUGUCCUAUCAAUUUUUGCUCGUUAAGUUUCAUCAACAAUCUGCAAAGCAGAGUGGAUAAUUGAAUAUCAAUUCAUUAGUCAUUAACAAUACAAUGAUCAAUAAUUAAUAAAGAUUUUAAAAUAUCAAAUCUUCAAAAAACUUUGCUUUCAUUUAUUUUCUGAAAUUUUCAAAGCAUAUUUGAGAGUACUCCAGUAUCAAUUGCAGUAGAAAUUUUACCAGAACUAAUACAAUUGCUCAUAUGUCAUUUUUGACGAGAGGUAGCUUUAUAGGACUGUUUACUUUAGCCAUGCCCAUAGUUAAGAAAUAUGAACAUUGAGGUUACAUAUUUAUCAUAUCAAAUCUUGAUGACUCAGACUAUUGCAUAUAUAGUAAUAAAGCUUAUAGACAAUCAAGACGGUAUUUUAAGAUUAUAAUUAAUAAUUAUUAUUACUAUCAAGUUAAUAUGCCAGCUCUUGCAGGAGGCAGAUUGUUCUGGUGAGUUUGUUCAAUUAUUCAACUACUACAACAUAACAUUGUUCUUCUAGACACGUCUAAAGAAUGCUAGAAAAUAGAGAAAAUUCUCAAACGAAGGGAAUUGGGAAGGGGAACAUUAUCUUGAUUACAAGAAACAGUUGCUUUUAAGAUUAUUUAGUAUGCAUGCAAUAUUUAUAUAUUCAAAUGUACAUUUUUCUAUUUAAUACAAUAUAUCGUAGUAGUAUUUGAUAAAAUAGCUAUUGCUAAUGAUUUUUCAAUUCAUCCUUAUCUACU